AUGGCGUUCAACACAACAGUACUCAUCACUGGAGCCAAGGCUGGAAUCGGUAAGGGUCUCCUUUCUGCCUACGCAGCAAGACCCUCAACCAGAGUCAUUGCAGCCAUACGUGACGGGACCGGAUCCGUCGCCGCCAAAGCCCUAGAGAAUAUUCAGACGGGCCAGGGCAGCGAGAUCGUUGUUGUCGAAUACAAUGCAAGCUUGCCAAAAGCGGCAAGCGAACUUGUGUCUACACUUCGAAACGAGCAUCACAUCGAUAGCCUCAACGUUGUCAUUGCGAACGCGGGAAUUCUCAAACAUUUCGGCCUCGCAGAGAACAUCACGGCCGAGGAUCUCCAGGAGCACUUCAACGUCAACACCGUUGCACCCAUUCUUCUUUACAAGGCUACAGCUCCCUUGCUUAGACGAUCGAGGCAGACGCCGAAGUUCUUCAUCAUCUCAUCGAAUAUUGGCUCCAAUGGUUUGAUGGACAAUUAUCCUAUGCCUAUGCUUGCAUAUGGGCUUUCAAAGGCGGCCGUCAAUUUUGCCGCAAGCCGCAUACACCGUGAAGAAAAGGACAUUGUUGUCGUUCCAGCACAGCCAGGGUGGGUCCAAACUGCCAUGGGGGAGAAAGCGGCCACUUUCGCCGGGAUGGAGCCAAGUGAUGUCCCAGUGACACUGGAAGCCAGCGUUGAGGGUCUGAUGAAGUUGUUUGAUGCAGCCAACAAGGAGGAGCACAGUGGCAAGUUUUGGGACCAGAACGGGAAACAAAUGCCCUGGUAG